AUGGAAAUUUCAGAAUUGAACCCUUUUGAGUUUUUGGCUUCACAGUUCCCCGGUUUCGCAGCAGAAAGCCUUGCAGAGGUAUAUUUUGCCAAUGGAGGCGAAUUGAACCUGACAAAUGACAUGCUUAGUCGGCUUGAGGCCUUGUCUACUGCUCCAAAUCUUAGUGCUUUGGAUUUUCCUGCACUUCCAGAAAACGAAAGCACACCCUCGUUUAAUUCUAGUUCUUCCAUAUCCUCUAGAGGUGCUAUAGACUUUGCAUCAGCUGUCAAAACAUUGGCAUCUCCUAACAUCUGGAAGUAUUAUAGAAAUGGUUCUUCCAACACCAGCAUUAGAUCGAGUAGAAGUUCACUAGUCCUGGCUACUUCUUACACGAGUAGCCAGGGCAGGGGCACCUAUGGUGAUAGAGUGCAAAGUCGGGGACAGCUCAUGCAGCUCCUAUCUGGCUUGAAACUGGAGAAGCAGUUGGUAAAACCUUUGAGGCAAUAA